AUGGCCGCUUUCCUCCCCACCGACGGUAUUCGCUCUCGUCUCGAAUGGAGCGCGACGCUCUCGCCUACACAGGCUCCUCAGCCCACUGAGGAGACCAAGUUCUUCCGCAAAACCGCGAUCAUCGCGACUAUCGGCCCGAAUGUGAAUACUGUGGAGAAGCUCGCUGACCUCCGCAAGGCCGGCGUCAACAUCGUUCGUAUGAACUUCUCCCAUGGCUCGUACGAGUAUCACCAGAGCGUUAUCGAUAACACCAGGAAGAUGCUCGCUGCCGAUCCUUCCGGACGUCCGGUUGCUAUUGCUUUGGACACGAAAGGACCUGAGAUCAGGACUGGGCUUAUGCGGGAUAACAAGGAUAUCCCCAUCAAGGCUGGACAUGAGUUCACCGUGUCGGUGGACCCCAAGUAUGCCGAGGCCUGCGACGACAAGGUCAUCUUCAUGGACUACACCAACUUGCCCAAGGUCACUGCCCCCGGCAAGCUCAUCUACGUCGAUGACGGUAUUCUCUCCCUCCUCGUUCUCUCCAUCGACGGAACCAACGUCCGCGUCCGCGCCAUCAACAACGGCACCCUCUCCUCCCGCAAGGGCGUCAACCUCCCCAAGACCCCCGUCGACCUCCCCGCUCUCUCGGAGAAGGACAAGGCUGACCUCAAGUUCGGCGUCAAGAACGGCGUCGACAUGGUCUUCGCGUCUUUCAUCCGCCGCGCCCAGGACGUCACCGACAUCCGCGAGGUUCUCGGUCCCGAUGGGGCCAACAUCAAGAUCAUCGUGAAGAUCGAGAACGAGCAGGGUGUGGCCAACUUUGACGAGAUUUUGAAGGCGACGGACGGUGUGAUGGUUGCCCGUGGGGAUUUGGGUAUCGAGAUUCCGGCUAGUCAGGUGUUUUUGGCGCAGAAGAUGAUGAUCGCCAAGUGUAACAUGGCCGGCAAGCCUGUCAUCGUCGCCACCCAGAUGCUCGAGUCUAUGACCUACAACCCCAGGCCCACGCGUGCUGAAGUUAGCGACGUCGCUAACGCUGUCCUCGAUGGUGCUGACUGUGUCAUGUUGUCCGGCGAGACCGCCAAGGGCUCAUACCCCAUCCAGUCUGUCCUCAUGAUGGCUGAGACCUGUCUCCUCGCCGAGGCCGCGAUCUGCUACCCACCUCUGUACGACGAGUUGAGGGGCGUCACCCCCCGCCCGACCGAGACCGUGGAGACCGUCGCGCUCGCUGCCGUCGCCGCCGCUGCUGAGCAAAACGCCGCUGCCAUCCUUGUCCUCUCCACGAGUGGUAACACCGCUCGUUUGAUCUCCAAGUACCGUCCCAGCGUCCCCAUCAUCACCGUUACCCGCAGCGAGCAGACCGCCCGCCAGAUCCAUCUCCACCGUGGAUGUUAUCCAUUCUGGUACAACGAGCCCCGUGGGAUCCAGAGCCACCAGUGGCAGGUCGAUGUCGACAACCGUAUCCGGUUUGGUCUCCGUAGCGCGCUUGCGAUGAACCUGUUGAAGCCCGGAUCGACGAUCAUCGCCGUGCAGGGCUGGAAGGGCGGCUUGGGCCACACGAACACGAUGCGUGUGCUCUCUGUCCCGACUGACGCGGCGGACCUCGAGGCGCAGGACUUGGGCGCGAACUAA